GGAAGGUGUGACUCCGUGCGGGCGGAGCUGAACCGAAGGACUCAGAGAUUUAACGGUGAGGACAAAGUGAAGGAGGCUUAGUUGUCAAAAUGGCUCUGCGACAGCGUCUGUGUGGUUUAACGGUGACCAUCCUUCUCUUGUGCAAAGGCUGUCACUCACAAGUGUUGGGAUGCGGCCUGGCUUUGUCAAACACCAAAAUCGUGGGAGGCAACAACGCGUCCCCGGGGAGUUGGCCCUGGCAGGUCUCGCUCGUGGCUGAAAACAAACACUUCUGUGCCGGGACACUGAUCAACAACCAGUGGGUGCUGACGGCUUCUCACUGCAUAUCAGGUUCUGAACGGGACACGGCGACGGUUUAUCUGGGCCGCUUCAGCCAGUCGGGUCUAAACCCCAGUGAGGUGUCGCGGCGCGUCACUCAGAUCGAGUGCCAUCCGGCAUACGACUACCUGACCGACGAGCACGACAUUUGUCUUCUGAAGCUGUCGGCCCCCGUGAACUUUACCCUCUUCAUCCAGCCGGUGUGCCUGCCCACGGCGGACAGCACCUUCCACGCCGGGCUCAGCAGCUGGGUCGCCGGCUGGGGCAGAACUGCGACUAACCAGUCGUCCGACAUCCUACAGGAGGUUAAUCUGCCGAUAGUGGGAAACAAGCAGUGCCAGUGUGACAUCAGUUUCCUCAUCACAGAGAAUAUGAUCUGUGCUGGCGUCAAAGCGGGCGGGAAGGACGCCUGUCAGGGAGACUCGGGCGGGGCCCUGGUGAACAAGAAGCUUGGUCGGUGGGUCCAGAACGGAAUUGUGAGUUUUGGCGACGGCUGCGCCAGACCCAACAGCCCCGGCGGCUUCACCCGCGUGUCCCAGUACCAGCAAUGGAUCGAGACCAUCACCGGCGUGAACAAAACCGAGUUUGUGACCUUCACAUCCGCAGGGCCUGACAGCGACGCGAACUUCACCUGCGCAACAUCGCCGCCCAUCACCACCAAGCAACCCCUCACCACCGAAGGCGACAAGUGCGGUGACAGUGUAUUUUGCGGUGGCGAAAAUUUGAUGCACUUCACUCACUUCGUCUCACUCGCUCUUCUUGUUCUGUCGCUCCACGUCCUGGUCGCCGGUGCGUAGCACGAAAGUGUGACUGAAAACGUCUGAUUUGCUGUGUAAUGAUGAUGAUGAGCUCUUCUUCAGAAAACAGUACGGAAUUGUUAUUUCUUUCACGUAAUUUUCUGAUCAAUUAGAUAAACUUUAGAUUGUCUUUCUAUUAUUUGUGGACACACACACACACAUUUGAAUAAAUGUAAUGUUGAUUGGUCAGAUCUUGUAUUGUCUAUGAUGAUGAUGUUUGGAUUCCACACACUUUUGUGUUGUACUGUCCGUAAUUCUGUUUCACAUAUGGACUCGUCAGCUGGAGAAAAUUUCUUUGAAACUGGCGGUAACUUUAUAUAUAUAUAUAUAUAUAUUAGUGUAUUACCCUAAUAUGUCAAGGUUUUUGAAAUUUCCCCUGUUAAACUGGCAGUGUAAACCUGGAACAUUGGAAGCUCUAGUUUGAUUUCCCAUGAUUACACACACGCCUGUUGGUUGGAAAAUGCUACUCAUCUCUUUGCAGAAUCAAUCGAGUGAAAAAUUAAAUGCUCCGAUAUUUGUGCGCUCAUUAUGUGUUUGUGAAUAUGUCAUCUGCCCUGCUGCUGUGUGUGCCACGAUGUCCUUUAAAUGCCCUUCGAGGUUCGCACAUUGUUUUUUUGUCAUUUCUAUUUUUAAACAUUCACACACGAAGGCGCCGACAGUCCCCAACAGGAGGCCGUAGAUAAAAUAUGACGAGCGCUCUCUCUCUCAUAUGUUCUGGAUGGCUGGAAGCCGCCUGCAGCAAAGGAAACAGUCUAAUUGUUAUUCCGCGGCUGUGGUGUGUUUUUUAUUACUUUAGUCUGUGUUGGAAAUUGUGUUCGUGAAAAAAUGGCCCUGCGAGUCUGGACGCCCUGAAAAUGAAGUUGACUUUUUUCUCUGACGUCGAAGCAGUUGGUCUCUGUUUCUGCUCCUUGUCUCUUUCUCUCAGAGCAACAUUAAUAUCUCCGAUUAAACUGAAACUUACUUUUAA